AUGGUGAGGACCUGGCCAAGGCCCGCGUCAGUGGCGUUCAUCCUGGCGUUGCUAGCAGUGGGAGUCGGGUUUGCAGUCAAGAGGUGGAGAGAAGACCGCAAACAGAGGGCAGAUGAGGAGUAUGAGAGGAGAAGGUGGGGCCAGGAGAGUGCUCUCGAGGUGAGCUAUGCUCAGAGCCCCUUGGAAGCGAAGGAGUACAACCUGGCGCUAGCGAGGACGCGGCAAGCCAUGGGUGUCCACAGGGCUGUCCAGUACAUGAACUUUGGCUCACCAGCCAGGGCCAUUGUGGAGCUGCAACGGGCUCUCCAGGAGAACUCCACCGCCCGCUGCCCUGUGCUUGGUGCACAGCAUGACGGAGAGGACAUGAAACGCUUGUACCAGCUCCACCUGGAGAAUACUGAGAUGCCCGCAAAGUAUUCAGUUCUCUUACAACUGCGUGAGAUGCUCGAUAUAAAUGAAGCGGAUGCCGAGAAGCUAGAGCAAGAGGUCCUGGGGAGCAGCAGCUCAUUUUCCAUCUAA